AUGCUCGCUCUCCUGGCCUCCAUGGGUGGCUUCAUCUUCGGCUACGACACCGGCCAAAUCUCCGACAUCCUUCUCAUGGAUGACUUUCUGCUCCGGUUCGCCCAGUGUUCUCAACCAGACCUACUCUCGACCUGUAAAUUUUCAAACGUCCGUUCUGGCCUCGUCGUCGCUCUCCUCUCAAUUGGAACCCUCUUCGGUGCGCUCUUCGGUGCGCCCACUGCUGAUUUCCUUGGUCGUCGUUACGCGAUGACCGUCGAGUGUAUGCUUUUCAUCGUUGGUGUCAUCAUCCAGAUCACCGCUACCCGUGCUUGGCAGCAAUUCGCUGUUGGACGCUUGGUCUCCGGAAUCGCCGUAGGUGCCCUAAGCGCUGCAGUACCCAUGUAUCAAGCCGAAACCGCUCCUUCCCAAAUCCGAGGCACUCUCACCGCCACAUACCAACUCUUCAUCACCUUUGGUAUUCUCGUCGCUUACUGUAUAUCCAUCGGUGCACGAGAAUUGCAUUCCCAAGGUUCAUGGCAGAUUGUGGUUGGAAUUGGCAUUGUUUGGCCUUUAAUUUUGGGUUUGGGGAUUCUGUUUAUGCCCGAAAGUCCCAGGUGGUUGGCUAAGCGCGGGAAAAUGGAAGAGGCUGCGCGGGCUAUUGCCGUCACCAGAGGCGUGUCAAAGGACAAGGCAAACUCAGAUCCAACCGUUGUCGCAGAGGUUGAAGAGAUCAGAAAGAAUGUCGAAUGGGAGAGGCAGUUUGUUGGUCAAACGGGCUGGAUAGACUGCUUUAAACCCGGGAACAAAACACUUUAUAGGACGUUGUUAGGAAUGAGCCUUCAAAGUCUUCAGCAACUCACCGGUGCCAAUUACUUUUUCUAUUACGGAGCCACCAUCUUCCUAUCUGUUGGCCUUCAAGACUCUUUCGUCACCCAAAUCAUUCUCGGCGCCGUCAACUUUGUGUGUACGUUUGGUGGUUUGGUGGUCAUGGAGAAGUAUGGUCGUCGUAUACCCCUUAUCGUCGGUGGUAUCUGGCAAUCAGCGUGGCUCUUUAUAUUUGCAGCCGCCGGCACUGCUGUCGACCCAAAGACAAAUCCAGCCGUUGGCAAACUCAUGAUCGUCUCCGCCUGUCUCUUCAUUUUUGGUUACGCAAUGACAUGGGCACCUGGAGUUUGGAUUCUGAUUGGUGAAACCUUCCCCACCCGAACCCGAGCGAAACAAGGAGCGUUAUCGACCGCCUCGAAUUGGUUGUGGAAUUUCCUGUUGGCGUUCUUUACGCCGUUUAUUGCGAAUGCUAUUCAGUAUCGGUAUGGGUUUGUGUUUGCUGCGUGUAAUUUGCUUGGAGCGGUGGUUGUGUAUUUCUUCCUUUAUGAGAGUUCUGAUUUGACGUUGGAGGCUGUUGAUGAGAUGUAUAAUGAUCCUGAUUGUAAAGCGUGGACGUCUAGGAAGUGGAGAAGACAUAUGGUAGCAGAUGGGCGGUUGAAGUCUAAUAGUCCUGAGGAGGGCCGAGUCGAAAAUGUAGAGAAAGAAAAGAGUGCCAACUAA